AGCAAGAUAACCAUAACUAGUGGUGGAGUGUUUAUCGUGUCGGGCACGUAAAGCAAGUAAUAUCAAAGUUUACGUGUUGAUAUCAUGUAUUAACAAUUUCAAGUACUCAGUGACUUGCGUACGAAUUAGCACAUGUACUUAGGCUGUUAAACUAACUGAGGAAUCAGAGUUGAUAGCGACAAUCUUAGUGGUGGGGGAGGUUGUUACGAUGGUCUCGUGUAAAGUGUGCACAGAAGACUUUACCCUCGGGGAGAGGGCACCUCUGCUGCUGCCCUGCGGCCACACAUUUUGCAGACAGUGUCUCGACCUGAUUCAGUCCAUGCCUCUUGCCCGCUGUCCCACCUGCAUGAUGACACUCUGUGGAGUUGCCCUGAAUCACCUAACCAUCAAUUACGACCUCAUAACCACCGAAGAGAACUGUCUUGCAGCCGACACUUCUUCUCUCGCACACAUACAGGGUCCGCCACGCAAGAAGUCUGUGGCCCCAAAUUACAACCUCGGUUCAGAGCGAGAGAAAACUGGUGGCAAGAUUAAAGGAAAUUUCAUUAAACGUUUGUUCAGGAGAACAUUUAGCAUGAUCACUCCAGGCAGGAAGAAAGACAGGACCAAGAGGAAGCAAGAAGAACCAUCCAAUACCAGCCUCCCACCACGUAUUUGUACGACGAUUGAAGAGGACGAGGAAGAAGAUCGUGAUAUUUACAACUAUUAGAACAUAAAACAAAGUCCUUGAAGUUUUCAGAAGAAAAAACCGCAGAUGUGGUCUACACGGACUUAAAAAUGAAUUUGUUAAAUGCGACCACGGAGCAAUAGUACGUAAAAUAGGUCAAUAGGUAAAACUGGAAAAAUACAGAAAUAGAUAUUUGGAUCCCUAAGCAAUAGAACACCAGCGGCUUCUGUGAGGGAGGCCUGGGAAUUAAUGCCUUAGUGUAUGGCCCUUAUGGGUUCAUCGUUUUAUCACGAACAUAACCGCUUUCCAUACUAUUGAGGUUUCGCAUGCGACUUUACCAGUUAUUUAUGAUUAUCUCCAAACUGGACGUGAACACUAAUGAUAACUACGUACGUGUGUACAUAUAUAUUUAUCUUAUCAUUUACGAUGAUUACUGCCUAUUGUACUGGUAAUCAGGAAGAUGAUAAUGGGAAAAUCUAGCAUUCAAUAGAUUUCUCAAAAAUUAAAAAAGAAAAUAUAUUUGAAAACGAAGAAAAUGAAUUUGUUACGUGAGGGAAAGUGUCUGGGAGCCACGAAAUACAGAAUGUAAACGCCACACCACCAGUAAACUCUACGUUAUUCCCUUUAAAAGGGAAAUUAGACAAAACCCCUUAAUGUAUUAACUAAAAAAUAUACACAUCCCGGUGUUAAUAAUCUUGCUGAUAAAUGGUUUAUAGCCACUCGAUAUCGCAAAACUCAUUUGGACAGCAAGUAAAGUAUAUACAUCAGACAACGAUGCAUAUAUCCCUGAUAUGGUGAUAUACACAACGUUAUGCAUAUUCCAUGAGCGAUUUAUAAUAACUGAUAAUGAAAAAAAUAGCAAAUAACUCGUAAAUCAUUAACACAUUUCGGGAGGCACUCGAACGAUUAUUAUUUGUAUGCAUACCUGUGUCGUACAGUGAACGAAAUGUAAAUAAUCCAGUUACUGACAAAAAAAAAAAAAAUAAUUUGUCUGCUUAAGCUGCAGGCCCUUAAUAUUGAGAUGUCGGUAUACUUCUCGUAGGUAUAAUGCGACAGCAUAGUGUAGUCUCAGUUACUGGCCACCAUUUAAGGUUUAUACCAAGACGGGAAUAGUCAUACCCCGCCCUACGUCAUUAACUUGUUCCAAGAGCUGUGACGUAACCCGAUUUUUAAGGUAAACCGGACAUAAUGCCUUAAAAUGACGGCAAACACCGUUAAACGAACGUAAAUAACUGUUGCUAAACCUUAAAGAACAUUAAACACACAAUUAAAAACAUUAUGACGUAGGCGAUGUUGCUGAGUGACGUAAAGUCAGACGUAAUGACGUUCGCUGAACUGAAAUUUAGUCUAGAAAAGUGGCGUAAAGGUGAAUUUGACGCAGAUGAAAGGUGUGUGACUGUACUGUUACGCAUCAAGGCUUUUGUCACAAAGGUUUCCAGAUUCUAGUGUAAGGAUAUUGUUUACCUCGUAAUAACAUAAAUCAUGAGCUGUGAAGUUGGGAACAUGCCAGGUGGCAAAGAGGUACAUAUUAUUUUCUAAUGUAACUGAAGUUUCUGCAUGUACAGUGCUAGUGGUAUAAACCUUGGUAAUAAAUACGGACAAGUUGGUUUAGAAAGACACGUAAGCAAACACUAUAACAUUUAUUAGAAAACGUUUUCGGUGCUAGUAGCGGCAUUAUGCCGGGUGAGCGCCCCGGCAUGAACACCUUGACGACGACAGUUUACUAAUGUAAAACAAGGUUCUUGAACAGUAUUUCAGAACAUGAUUUAUUGCUUAUUUGAGAGUAUCUGGGUUCAUCAAAUAUUCUUCUCGAUACAAAUUCGCGCAGCUUACGUCCAGCGUGGAAUUGAAUUGGUGUAAAUACCGACAAGGUGAAGUAUAUGACACUUAGAUGCGGUCGAUAUCUUUAUUGACCACAUUUCGCCCACACAGUGGGCUUUAUGAUAUAAAUCUUGAUAUAAAUUAUCACUGUGGAAGGUAAAUGAGCCUCCACCGCAUUAGAGUGUCAUUUACUUCACGUCCAAUAUGGCUGAUAAUUGUUACAAAAAAUUGUCAUGUCAAUGCAAAACCUCAAUACACAUGUCUCAAUUAAAUCAACCCUCUUGAACUGCACCAUUGUUUAACCUUUGUACAUAUUUCAUAAAGUUCAUCCUCCAA